GCGGUGCUUCGGCACCGCGGUAUCCCGCAGACUUCCAGCAACUAGCAAUCAGAAGCGGACUUUCUCGCGUUCAGCAAAAGACACUCUCGAUCCCUGAUGGCGCUGCCGGCUGUCCCCUCGAGGCCACCUGAACAGCGAGCGCUCCCUGACCGCACGAGGCAGCGGGGACGUACCGCGCCGGCCGCCUCGGGCUCCCGGGCCUCGGUUCCUAGUCCCAGGCCUCCGUUCCGGGGCCCCAGGGCUCUCAUCUUCGUCCUUUUGGGUGUCCUGCAGUCGAUUGCAGCUGCUUCAGCCAUGCCCAUAAGGCAGGAAGAAUUUCACCAGCAAUUAGCUUCCCCGCAGGGAGGGAAACACAGCCGCUCAGAGAAGUCGUGUCUACCAGGGUUCCACAUGGAGGAAGCCAGUGGAGAUUGUGCGCCGUGCACGGAUAAGGUGGAUUACACCAAUUAUUCAAACACCCUGCCUUCUUGCUUACUCUGUAAGACUUGCAAAUCAGGGGAAGAAGAGAAAAGUCCGUGCACCUCAACCAAGGACACUGAGUGUCAGUGCAAACCUGGCACUUUCCGUAGAGAAGAUGCACCUGAAUUCUGCUACAAGUGCAGAACCCGGUGCCCUGAUGGGAUGGUCGUGGCCACGCCCUGUAGCCCUUUCAGCGACCUCACAUGUGUGGACCAAAAAUCAGGUACCCAGGCCAGUGGGGAGGCCCCGGUUCCUGGUGAGACAGUGACCAUGCGCCCAAGACUGCCCACCACUCCCUCUGCCUCCUCAGACACUUCACAGCUGGUGAUCACAGUUGUAGCUGUAAUUAUAGCUGUCUGUCUCCUGCUGCUGGUGAUCGCAUAUGUUUUCUGGCGGUUCUGCAUUCAAGGUCGUGGUGUGGACCCUAAGUGCAUGGACAAAGUCCUCUUCCGGCGCUCACAUCCCUUAAGAGGUUCUGGGGCUCUGGACAAUGCCCACAACAAUAUGCUGAUCAACAGAGAUUCGCUGAUUGAGCUGGUCCCUGAGCAGGAGGCAGAAGAGCAGGUGAAGCUGACAGAUGCCACGGCCCAGUCCCAGGGGGAAGCAAAGCGUCUGCUGGAACCAACAGAAGAUGAAGCAUCUCCCACGAGAAGAAGGCUGCUGGUUCCAGCAAACGGUGCAGACCCCACUAAAAGCCUGAAGCUGUUCUUUGAUUACUUUGCAACCAUCGUGCCGUGUGACUCCUGGGAUUUGCUCAUGAGGCAGUUGGGCCUCACGCAAAAUGAGAUCCUUCUGGUCAGAGAAGGGGUCCGGGUCCCUCGGGAUGCCUUGUAUGAAAUGCUGGAUACUUGGGUCAGCAACAAGGGACGGGAGGCCUCAGUCAACACCCUGCUGGACGCCUUGGAAAAGCUGGGGCAAAGAUUGGCAAAGGAGACAAUUCAGGACCACCUGCUGGACUCGGGAAAGUAUGUCUAUGAAGAUGGUGAAGCAGGCUCUGCUGUGUCCUGAGUGUUUGAGGACCUCAGCCUUUCAGUUGAAGACACUUUUUUAUCCUAAUAGACUUGCACUUUUCAUUUGUAUUUGUUAUUUGUAUUUGUCAUUCAUGUUGAUAUGUAUGCAUUUAAUGAUGUGUAACAUAAUACACAUCAUUAAAGUGCAAACAUAUUGUGAAUCUUCGUACUUUUAUGUUUAUAUAUAUAUAUUUAUAUAAGUGUAAAAAAAAUUUUGCAAAUAUACUUUCUAGGUUGUUUAUGUGGGUUACCUGGAUGAGAGCUGGGAAUCAAAAACAAUUAGAAAUACAAAAGGAGGAAAUUCCCUGGCAGUUCAGUGGUUAGGACUCUGCGUUUUCACUGCUGAGGUCCCAGGUUCAAUCCCUGGCCGGGGAAUUAAGAUACCAAAAGCUGCGAGGCAAAAAAAACAAAACAACAACAACAAAAAGCACAAAAGAACAAACACAAAACAACAACAACAAAAAAAGCAAAAAAAAAGGAAAGGAGAAAAAGCCCACUGUGGGGAGAGCACUGAUAGCAUCUUCUUCCUCAAAGAAAGUUUGGUCACUUUUGGAUGCCUGGUGACUUCUCCAGGGCCCACUUUAAACAUGUCAAUUUUAUAGCUGUGCGAAUAGUUACAUUUUUUAUAGGUAGGAGUUUACAGCUGAGCAGAGAGUGAGGAGAAGUGGCAUCCACGUGCAGCCCUGCAUCUGGGGUCCAUGAACUGGGCUGUGGUGCCUGGGCCUCCUCCUGUUCACCUGAAUUGGCUAUAUAAAGGAUCUCAUGGUCUUCUGCAGAAGAGACUCACACAAAAGUACCAGCUCUUAAAUACUGUGAGAAUUGACCUAAAAUGGCUGCUAUAUUAAGGUUUGGUCCUUUUAUUGCUUUUUAAAAAUAUCUUUCUGCCAUUAAACCCUUCUCCAUAGUGUUCCAACUGCUGCAGGAUAAUUUAAUGGUGGAAGCAAUUCUCAGGGGUUUUUGGUCUAUUCCAUCUCAAAGCUUUGUGUGUUGUCUUCCCUAAGGUUGAUGUGGCUAAUGUGGCCAAACCUGGAACUGCCUGAAUCUAGGCACAUCAGGAUAUAGCAUGUGGAGUCCACUUGAGUUUCUAGAAGGGCCGACCCUGUGGUCUUGGUGCUAUAUGCCCCUGGCCCUGAUGUCCCUCCCUUUUCUGGAAGUCAGGUGUUUCCUGCCUUUGCUGUUCCUUCUGUGCAGGACACUUUGCCUUCAUCUUCAGUGGGAAAUAUAAAUGGAUUCUUGUCAAUCAGGUGUUGAGUCACUUGUCCCUUUCUCAGAAGACUUCCUUGAGUGCCAAUCUAAAGUAUUAGCCUUGCCAGUGUCUGUCAGCUAUAUUCACUUGUUCGCAUGUUUAUUGUGUGUUUUACCAAUGAGAAUCUUUAAGAAACGUGAACUUGCAUCCUGUAUUGCUUCAUGCCAGUGCAAAUAUGAUACUUUUGAAGUUUUACUUGAAAAUUGGAUGUCUGUUCAAGUCUCUUCUCAAUGAGAGGACCCCUUCUUGAAGAUUUUGUUAGAAAUAUCAAGCAAUACAAGAAAUAUCAUUAGGUAUAAAAUACUCAUGUGUUUAUGAAUUUGUGACCAAAUUAUGCAAUGUUAUAUUUAAAAUUUUAUAAUUUUAUAUAAAUAUGCUUUUUAUGAAUUCGUGACCAAAUU